UUUUGCCGAAGCCCCCGCGCACAGCCAUGCUGCGCUGAGCUCCGGCCGGGCACUGGCCGCGCGCUGCCCGCCCCGGCUCCCGCCCCACCGCGGACCCGCUCGGGGGCCGCGGCCGCUCGGCCCCUCGGCCUCCGCCGCUGCGCCCGCCCGGCCGCCCCGGAGCCCCCCGCGCAGGGCCCGGGCCGCGGCGGCGGCGGCGGCGCCCGGCCCCCUCCCCCCGGCGCCGGCCAAGUGAGGCGGUGAUGCGGGCGCCGGCGGCCCCGGCUGCGCCGAGAGCGGAGACACAGGCUCAAGAUGGCAGAUUCCGACUGAGGCUGGGGGGGCCGAGCUCGCGCGCCGCGAUCCCUUCUCCGUUGCCAUGAAUCGCGGACACCCCGGCCCCGAUGGCCCCCGUGUACGAAGUAUGCAGUGCAAAGGCCAACCACAAAGUUGGUGUCGCCACAGGCUCCGAAGUAGAGGAUCCUACACUCCAAGGUAUGGCCUCACAUGUGCAAGUUUUCUCCCCUCACACCCUCCAAUCAAGUGCCUUCUGUAGUGUGAAGAAACUGAAAGUAGAGCCGAGCUCCACCUGGGACAUGACCGGGUACGGCCCCCACAGCAAGGUGUACAGCCAGAGCAAGAACGUGCCGCCCCCUCAGCCAGCCACCACAGCCGUGAGCACCUCCUUGCCCAUCCCGAACCCGAGCCUACCUUACGAGCAGACCAUCAUCUUCCCAGGAAGCACCGGGCACAUAGUGGUCACAUCAGCAAGCAGCACCUCCGUCACUGGGCAAGUCCUCGGCGGACCGCAUAACCUAAUGCGUCGAAGCACUGUGAGCCUUCUUGAUACCUACCAAAAAUGCGGACUCAAGCGUAAGAGCGAGGAGAUCGAGAACACAAGCAGCGUGCAGAUCAUCGAAGAGCACCCACCCAUGAUUCAGAAUAAUGCAAGCGGGGCCACGGUCGCCACUGCCGCCACGUCGACUGCCACGUCCAAGAACAGUGGCUCCAACAGCGAAGGCGACUACCAGCUGGUCCAGCAUGAGGUGCUGUGCUCCAUGACCAACACCUACGAAGUGCUGGAGUUCCUGGGCCGAGGGACGUUCGGGCAAGUGGUCAAGUGCUGGAAAAGGGGCACCAACGAAAUAGUGGCCAUCAAGAUCCUGAAGAACCACCCGUCGUACGCCCGGCAAGGCCAGAUCGAGGUCAGCAUCCUGGCCCGCCUCAGCACCGAGAGCGCAGACGACUACAACUUCGUCCGGGCCUACGAGUGCUUCCAGCAUAAGAACCACACGUGCUUGGUCUUCGAGAUGCUGGAGCAGAACCUCUAUGACUUCCUGAAGCAGAACAAGUUUAGCCCCUUGCCCCUCAAGUACAUUCGGCCAGUGCUGCAGCAGGUGGCCACGGCCCUGAUGAAACUGAAGAGCCUGGGCCUCAUCCACGCGGACCUCAAACCGGAAAACAUCAUGCUGGUGGAUCCGUCCAGACAGCCCUACAGAGUCAAGGUCAUCGACUUUGGCUCAGCCAGUCAUGUGUCCAAGGCUGUGUGUUCCACCUACUUGCAAUCCAGAUAUUACAGGGCCCCCGAGAUCAUCCUCGGUUUACCGUUUUGUGAGGCCAUUGACAUGUGGUCCCUGGGCUGCGUCAUCGCGGAGCUGUUCCUGGGCUGGCCGCUAUAUCCAGGCGCUUCAGAGUACGACCAGAUCCGGUAUAUCUCACAAACCCAGGGUUUGCCGGCUGAAUAUUUAUUGAGCGCAGGGACGAAGACAACUAGGUUUUUCAACCGAGACACGGACUCGCCGUAUCCUUUAUGGAGGUUGAAGACGCCAGAUGACCAUGAAGCAGAGACGGGGAUUAAGUCGAAAGAAGCAAGGAAGUACAUCUUCAACUGUCUAGAUGACAUGGCCCAGGUGAACAUGGCCACGGACCUGGAGGGGAGCGACAUGCUGGUGGAGAAGGCCGACCGGCGGGAGUUCAUCGACCUGCUGAAGAAGAUGCUGACCAUCGACGCUGACAAGAGGGUCACUCCCAUCGAAACCCUGAACCACCCCUUCGUCACCAUGACUCACCUCCUCGACUUCCCCCACAGCACACACGUCAAAUCAUGUUUCCAGAACAUGGAGAUUUGCAAGCGUCGGGUGAACAUGUAUGAUACCGUGAACCAGAGCAAAACCCCUUUCAUCACGCACGUGGCCCCCAGCACAUCCACCAACCUGACCAUGACCUUCAACAACCAGCUGAACACUGUCCACAACCAGGCUCCCACCUCCACCAGUGCCACUAUUUCCUUAGCCAAUCCCGAAGUCUCCAUACUAAACUACCAAUCUGCACUCUACCAGCCCUCAGCGGCCUCCAUGGCUGCGGUGGCCCAGCGGAGCCUGCCCCUGCAGACGGGAACAGCCCAGAUUUGCGCCCGGCCCGACCCCUUCCAGCAAGCCCUCAUCGUGUGUCCGCCCGGCUUCCAAGGGCUGCAGGCCUCUCCCUCCAAGCAUGCUGGCUACUCCGUGCGAAUGGAAAAUGCUGUGCCCAUCGUCACUCAAGCCCCAGGAGCUCAGCCUCUCCAGAUCCAACCAGGUCUGCUCGCACAGCAGGCCUGGCCCGGCGGGACCCAGCAGAUCCUGCUCCCCCCCGCGUGGCAGCAGCUGACCGGAGUGGCCACCCACACGUCGGUGCAGCACGCGACCGUGAUCCCCGAGACCAUGGCAGGCACCCAGCAGCUGGCUGACUGGAGGAACACGCACGCUCAUGGCAGCCAUUACAAUCCCAUCAUGCAGCAGCCUGCGCUCUUGACUGGUCAUGUGACCCUUCCAGCCGCCCAGCCUUUAAAUGUGGGCGUGGCCCACGUGAUGCGACAGCAGCCAACCAGCACCACCUCGUCUCGGAAGACCAAGCAGCACCAGUCCUCUGCAAGAAAUGUCUCCACCUGUGAGGUGUCCUCCUCUCAGGCCACCAGCUCCCCUCAGCGGUCCAAGCGCGUCAAGGAAAACACACCGCCCCGCUGCGCCCUGGUGCACAGCAGUCCGGCCUGCAGCUCCGCCGUCACCUGCGGCUGGGGCGACGGGGCCUCCAGCACGACCAGGGAGAGGCAGCGGCAGACCAUCGUCAUUCCCGACACCCCCAGCCCCACGGUCAGCGUCAUCACCAUCAGCAGCGACACGGAUGAGGAGGAGGAACAGAAGCACGCUCCCACCAGCACUGUCUCCAAGCAGAGGAAGAACGUCAUCAGCUGCGUCACGGUGCACGACUCCCCCUACUCCGACUCCUCCAGCAACACCAGCCCCUACGCCGUGCAGCACCGCACCGGGCACAACGCCAACGCCUUCGACACCAAGGGGAGUCUGGAGACCCACUGCACGGGGAACCCCCGGACCAUCAUCGUGCCACCCCUGAAAACCCAGGCCAGCGAAGUGUUGGUGGAAUGUGACAGUCUGGUGCCAGUCAGCGCCAGCCACCACUCGUCCUCCUACAAGUCCAAGUCCUCCAGCAACGUGACCUCCACCAGCGGUCAUUCUUCAGGGAGCUCCUCCGGAGCUGUCGCCUACCGGCAGCACCGGCCGGCACCACACUUCCAGCAGCAGCAGCCUCUCAACCUCAGCCAGGCUCAACAGCACAUCAGCACAGACCGCGCGGGGAGCCACCGACGGCAGCAGGCCUACAUCACUCCCACGAUGGCCCAGGCCCCGUACUCCUUCCCGCACAACAGCCCCAGCCACGGCACUGUGCACCCCCACCUGGCCGCCGCGGCCCACCUUCCCACCCAGCCCCACCUCUAUACCUACACGGCGCCCGCGGCCCUGGGCUCCACCGGCACCGUGGCCCACCUGGUGGCCUCCCAAGGCUCAGCGCGUCACACGGUGCAGCACACUGCCUACCCGGCCAGCAUCGUCCACCAGGUGCCCGUGAGCAUGGGCCCCCGGGUCCUGCCCUCACCCACCAUCCACCCGAGUCAGUACCCGGCCCAGUUCGCCCAUCAGACCUACAUCAGCGCCUCUCCGGCCUCCACCGUCUACACUGGAUACCCACUGAGCCCCGCCAAGGUCAACCAGUACCCUUACAUAUAAACACUGGAAGGGGAGGGGAGGGGGGCAUGGCCGAGGGGAGGAGGGAGAGGAGGCAGGACCUGGGGGAGCUGGGGUUUUUAUACUGAAGAUGCCGCACAGAAACAAUGCAAAUGGAGCAGGGGAGGGGGCCGGGGGGGCAGGGGCCGGACACCGGUGAAACUUGAACUAGGAAGUGGGAGGACUCAGAGCAGAGAAGAGAACAUUUUAAAAAAUGAAGGGAUUCAGGAUGGGGGGGGUGGGAUUUAUGCUUUUUAUUUUAAAAAAAGAAAAAGGAAAAAAAUGCCAGUAACGGAAAUACAGCUCACAAACCCGUUCUGCACCAAACUGGAAAGGAGGAAGAGGAGAGAGCGAUGGAAGAUUCCGGAAGUCGAGGGGCCCCAGUUUCUGAAGAACUUCCUCUACGAACUUUUCAAAGAUUAUUUUCAUAUGGCAGCAAGUGACAUUUGAGAGUUUGCUGUCGGGGGACGCCUGAUACGGAAAUCCAAUAGAUUUUUAAUUAUUGAACAUAAGAAUUAGGGAUUUUUCCAGAACUCUAAAGGGUCAACAGCCCUCGAAGUUCAGGCCACGGCCUGCGGAAGCUGAUGUCUGGGGUCGGCAGAGCCUGGUUCUGGCUCGUGCGUCAGGACUGAUGGGGGCGUUGGGGGCCAGGCGGAAGUGAGUCGCCUCCCGGAGGGGCAUAUUUUCUCUUUCUGAGCACUCUGGAUAAAUCCCUAAGCAAUGUUACUCCUCAGCUGUCGUUAAUGAUGUGUAUUGCGAACUUUAGUUCUUUUUCUUUUGUGAAGAUUUGUUUUCUCUUUGAAUCCGUCCCUAGUCACGUAGCCUAGGGCUGGGGGCCGUCGCCGACCCCCUAGAGGAAUGUAGCGCUCCGCCCCCCCAGUUUUCCGCUUUGUGUUCAGCUCCAGUGAUACCAAUAGACUAUUCCUCAGUGUGAUUGCACAAAAAGAAAUAAUGAUAUGACACAGGCAUGCGAGCAACGUGGUGGUCCAGGCGUGUGAGCGUGCGCGAGUGUGCAGGUGCGCAUGCGCGAGCGUGUGCGUGCGGGUGCACGUGCGGCCGCGCCCUGCCCGCGUGCCCGGGCUCGCUGCCCGCACAGCUCCCGCUGCCUCGACUUGACAUCAUUCCCUCCUAGUGCCUUACCGACGACAGACGCGUGCGAGGGUCGCUUCCACGGAAUUCCGAGAAGCUGGCGGAGGCGAGUCAGCGUCUCAGCUCUUCUUUCGUGCUGCUGAGACGUUUUACUCUGGUCUUUCCUUUUAAAAAAAAAAUUUUGUUUUAAUUUAAUAUCAUUUUUAUACUUGCUGUCUUUCUAGGCUGUUUGCUGGCAGAGGGGUGUCGGGGAGCCGGCACAGGUGUUGAGAGAAGCGUGGGAUGGAUGGCGGGGGUGAACCCGGUGGUGGGGGUGGGUUUAGUUGACUUUCAUUUGGAGAUAGAGCAAGAGAGACUCCCCACCCUGCACCCUGUGCUGAGCCCCAUGCUGCCCCCAGUUCUACCUGUGUGGCCGGCUGCCACAGCCGGCCGGGUCUGCUGGACCCGAUGUCCCCUCUAUGUUUCAGGAACGCUGGCCUCGCCAGGCGCCUGCCUCCUUCCUUGCGGAAGGGCCGGCAGAGACCGGGCCGGGUCCCAGCCGGACACCCUGCGCGCUCUCAGCACUGUCCCCCUCCUUGGUUCCCUGUCUGCGCGCGUUCUCGCGUCCUGCCGUCUGCAGACAACCGUCCACCUGUGUCCGCCAAAGCCUUUUCUUCAUGUUACCCGGGCCUCCCCAUGACACACUUCGUUUUGAGUUUUGAGGGUCCGAUGGGCAGAAGGCGAGAAGGACGUUCACGAGGGUGACCGAGGGUCCUCACACUGCCCCUUGGAAAACACUCCCACCACCAGUUAGGUUUCCAAAGAAAUGUGCCCUUCGCCCUCUUUGCACCUGUGAAAUGUUCUGGAGGUUUUCUCAGGCUUUGAACCUGCUGCUCGUGGGGUGGGGGUGGGGGUCUCUCCAUUCACAGCAGCACACACACAUGAAGGCUGGGAGAUGUGGCUUUAAAGGGGGUCCCCCUUGCUUGGUUCUCUGUGCUGAGUCCUUAGGUAACCCCAAAGCCAAAUUUCCAAGGUGCAAGUCGGCAGUGCGUCCUAGUCUUCCCCUCCCCCUUCCCCACCCUACAGCCCCCCCCCCCCUUAACGAUCUACUGUGAAAGGUGAGGAAGCCAAACCGUUACCUUAGCUCUUAGCUGUGAAUUGUGAAAUAACUCUGGACAUCUCCCCUCCCCGACCAUACAUGCUACUUACCUUACAAAGGACUAGGUCCCCGAACUGGAACCAGUUUAGCCCAGGCCUUCGGCUGGAAGGAAGGACGCCACAACCCUUUUGAGCCAGGACAGCCCCCCAGGCAGCCAGCGGGACGGUGCUGUCAUUCUGAGAGGAGAGGAGAGGAAGUCAGCCAGUCCAGAGAGGGUUGGCAGGGGCAGAGUCUGGAGGCCGUGGCAGCCAGUGCCCUCCCAGGGGUGCGCCAGCCUGGAAGACCAGACCUCUGCAGCCAGGGGGCAGCAGUAUCCGCACCAGGUCCCGAGCCCAGUGACACAAGCCUCCCAUUGCCUUACUGGUGGCAUCCUGGGGCCCCACACACAGUUGACUCCCAGCCCUUUCUCCAUCCGAACUUGAACAGCCUUCCAAGUUCAAGCGAAUGAUUUUGUCUACUAAGUCGGAGUCUCUGACUGCUUCAACCUAUUUCCUUUCCUUUUCUUCCAGACCAGGAAUGAAAGUUCCAUGCUGCUCAUAAAGAUAAUGUUAUUGUACUAAUUAUUUUUUAUUAUUAGCAUUGUAAUUGUUAUCAUGAUUAUCGUCGUGUUGAUAUUUUAGUUGGGGUUUGAAAUGCACAUUUAUUCCACGUA